AUGCGACAAGCACCCGGUGCAGAGGUGGGGAAAAACACAUUGCCCGUCACUACAGAAGUGUGUCACGGUCUGCUGGUAUGCGCGAAGAACGUGUACGAUAACUUUUUACAUGUAAAAUCGGGACUAAGCGAAACUCACCGGUCCAAUCGAGUUGACAGGCUGGCGGAACAUUUGAAUGGAUUUGAUUUUUCGCUGGAGUCGCUGGCGAGGGGUGAGACGUUGGUUUACAAAAUCCACCUUGUCUAUUUGAGAAGCACGGACAUCUUCCUUCAGCAAAUCACUUUUGUUCAAAACCACGAUCAUCUGGUCGCAUGUAAUUUCGCCGAUUAUGAGACACUCUGCAGUCUGUGUUUGGAAACCUUUGGAAAUAUCGACAACCAAAAGCAUGAUAUCAAUUAUUUGGGAUCCUAA